UAAACAUCUUACUUUAUCUUAGUUAAAAUAAAAAGGAGAGCAGCAAUCUCUCUUUUAAUUCCAUGUUUAGAUUAACAAGAAGAAUGCUAUUUACAUGUAGAAAUGAGAAAUAAAGAGAGAAUUUCACAUCUAAAUUUUCAUAAUUUUGAUUUAUGAUGAAUCACAGUUCCUUAAAAAUAGAAGGCUUAUACAAAGGUUUAAAAUAAUUAUUAAUAUUAAGGGUAGUAUCAUAAUCAGAUUAUGAUAUUAAUCAUAUCCUUCUUUAUCCUUCUUCUUCAUAAAUAGUGAAGAACUUAAUAUAUAUAAUGAAUUCAAUAAAUCACUCGGACAAAAUGAGACUUGCUUAUUAAGUGUAAAUCGUAUUAUUUAAAAAAAAACGAAUAUGGUAAGCAUUCAAUACUUUAAUAGUUAGAAUCUCAAUACAUCUAAUAUAAUUUAUGUUUAUUGCAAAACCUUAAUAUAACAAAAUAACAAACAAAAUUAGCCAGUCAUGUUCUAAGAAAUAAUUGCCGAGAAUGUAGAUUUUAAUAAUAGGAUUCUGUGUAAAUCUAAUUAUAUUCAAAACUUAAACAGAAUCAAGUCUUUAUUAAUUUUAAUUAAUUGUAGCAUGAUUAAGAUUUAUAGAGCAUAAAUGCUGUG